ACAAUGCAAGAAAAACCAGUAGGAAACCAUUCUUAUACUGACUUCAUUUUUACUGGAUUUCCAGGAUUUUCUGAAUACAAGCCUUAUCUUUUCAUCCCUUUCUUUCUCAUGUUUCUAGUGGCUGUAGUUGGAAACUCUGUAAUCAUUUUUGUAAUCAAAACACAAACAAGUUUACAUUCCCCUAUGUACUUUUUAAUCUUUGCCAUAGCAAUUGUGGAUCUAAGUUUACCAAUGACAUUUGUACCAAAUAUGUUACUUAACCUUGUAUUGAACCUAAAUGGGAUUUCUCUGGAUGGUUGUCUUGUACAAAUGUUUCUUAUCCAUUUCAUAAGCUCCUUUGAAUCAACCAUACUUCUGGUGAUGGCUUUGGAUCGUUAUGUUGCCAUAUGUAACCCAUUGCGCUAUAAUGAUUACAUGAAUAGUUCUACUUUCUAUAAGCUAUCUAUUGCAUUCCUGAUAAGAAGUGGAUUAUUAAUUUCUGUCAUUGUCAUCCUUGCUAGUACUCUUUCAUUCUGUUUUUCAAAUGUUAUUGAACAUUUCUAUUGUGAACACAUGGCACUAGUUGGUUUGGCUUGUGGGGAAACAACGAAGAACAGCAUAAUGGGACUAGUGACCAUUUUCUGUAUACCAGGUGUUGACCUUUUGUGCAUCUGCUAUUCAUAUAUUAACAUUUUCUUUGAAGUGCUUAAAUCUGCAUCAGGAAAAGCACGUCAAAAAGCAGUCCAUACCUGCGGCACUCAUUUGAUUGUCAUUUUUGUGUCAUAUCUCUUAGCUAUGUGUUCCUAUCUUGCAUAUAGAAUCAGGAACUCCAUGGCCCCCGACGUUCAUAUUCUAAUAAGUCUAUUAUACAUCCUUUUUCCAUGUUGUUUCAAUCCAAUUAUUUAUGGUGUCAGGACAAAAGAGAUAAGGGAACACAUUUUGAAAAUGGUUAAGGGAAAGAAAAUAGACCCAGAAAACAUUAAGGUAGCAAGUAUAACAAGGUAA